AGUGGGAGGUGAGCGCCGGAACCCAGAGCAGUAGAUAGAUCCCAAGUCCCUGGCAGCAGCGAGGGAGGGGGUAGGCUGCGCUCUCUGUCUCCAAAACAUUUACGCAUCGCAGCACUAUUCCGCGUCUCUCUCUCUCAGUCUGUCUGUACUCCCCGCCGUCACCUUACCGACAUCCCCCGCUGACCGGCCAGCUCUCUCCGCUCUGAAGGACCGGGAGCAGAGAAGUCAACACACGUACCGAGCACCUCUGUCCCAAAACCACCGUGCUUUUCAUGCGGUGAGGAAAUAAAGCGGGAGAGGAAGAGGAGGAGGACGGAAGUUUUUUCUGUGUGUGUGUUCGCGUGGAGAGCUCAGGGCGCACCGGGACCGAAUGGUUGAGCCCAGCCCUCCAGCACUGCACCUCCUCUCUGGCGGCGAUGUCAGCAUGGCGAGCGUCGGUGUCAAAGUAGAACAGGAGGAGUCCUGCAGAGGGGGUGGAGUCAUUAGCAAUCCUGAACCUCCUAAGAGGUCUCCGUCACAUGGUUGGUCAGGAAAUCAUCCGCUGGAGGCCCGCCAAUUGACCCCACCGCUCUCCCGAUCCCCUUCGGAGGGCUCUCCAGGUAAGGAGCUGCCUCACAGACGAAGCCCCUUGGGACUGAAGGAGGCCAGGACACAUGAAAGACCAGAAGGACAAUCCAACUUCAAGGAAGUAAUGCCUACCAUUGAGAAGCUGCUGAAUGCUGACUGGAAGGAGAAACUUCUGGAUAAAAGCACAGUGGGGGCAGGACAACUGAAAGGUACCCCAGAGGCUCUGGCGGAGAAGGAGCUCCAGUUGUUGAUGAUGAUCAACCAGCUGAGUGGUCUGCGGGAGCAGCUACUAGGAGCCCACUCUGAGCAAAGGAACAUGGCCGCCCUGCUGCUGGAGAAACAGCAGCAGCAGAUGGAGCUGGCUCGACAACAGCAGGAACAGAUCGCCAAGCAGCAGCAGCAGCUGAUCCAGCAGCAGCACAAGAUCAACCUGCUUCAGCAGCAGAUCCAGCAGGUGAACAUGCCCUACGUGAUGAUCCCGGCUUUCCACCACAACACUCAGUCCCUCUCCGUCACCUCUGACCCCCAGAUGGCCCUGCCGCUGCAACCAAUCCCCUGCAAGCCAGCCGUGGACUAUCACAUGCAGCUGCUGCCCAACCCUCGGCCCCCCCCUGUCAAGAGGAGCAGCGGAUCCUUCCGACAGGAAGCCAGUCAGCCCCUGAACCUGACCUCCAAGCCAAAGGGGCUGGAGCUGGGGAAAACACCAAGUCCACAGAACCUGGGAUCCCUGGCGCUGCAUGGGGCCUACAGGUCCAGAGAUUUCCAGAGAGAAGUGUCCCACAGCCCGUCACGAUCUGCCCUCAGUUUCCUCGGAGACGGAGAUGUAGUCACCCAGGCCAUCCACGAUGCCCAGCAGCUCCUGAGGGGCCACGGCACCGGAGAUCGAGAGAGGGACAGGGACAAAGAGAGAGAGAGGGAGAGAGAUGGUGGCGGAAAGAUGGAGUAUAAAGAUUCUCCCCGCAGCGAGAGGAUUUCUCACUGCGAGCGGGGGGAGGACCACCUCAGCAGUGACUCUGAGGGUGCCCUGCCCAUCUCGGUCCCAGGAAGCUACCCUGAGGCCCGGCCCCCUCCCUCCUCGGGCCACAUCAAGAGACCAAUGAAUGCCUUCAUGGUGUGGGCCAAGGACGAGCGCAGGAGGAUCCUGCAGGCCUUCCCGGACAUGCACAACUCCUCCAUCAGCAAGAUCCUGGGCUCCAGGUGGAAGGGCAUGUCCAACCAGGAGAAGCAGCCUUACUAUGAAGAGCAAGCGAGGCUGAGCAGGCAGCAUCUGGAGCGCUACCCUGACUACAAGUACAAACCUCGGCCCAAACGGACCUGCAUCGUGGAGGGACGGAGGCUGAGGGUAGGCGAGUACAAGGCCAUGAUGAAGAACCGCCGGCAGGAGCAGAGAGCGACCUACACACAUAGUCAAACAGAACCCCAGCAGAUCCACUACCCCCACAGCGAUGGCCAGUACCCAGGCGGUGCCGCCGGCUCGGUCUCGGUGUCGACCAUGCCCUUUCACCACGCGUUACUGGAGCACUACCUGCCGCAGGUCCCCCCCGCGCUGUGUCGAGCCGAGGGCCAGGCUACGCCUACUUCCCUGCCCAGGGAGCGAGAGAGGGAGCGAGAGAGGGAGCGAGAGAGGGAGCGAGAGAGGGAACGCCCUCCCUACAGCGAAGGAGAGGAAAGCGACGGGGGAGAGAGGAGUGAGGGAGAACUGGUGCUCCUGACAGACUGAAAGGGGAGUGGGAGAGGGGAAAAAAGGAAAAUGGAGGUGAGAGGGAAGGAUAGCCGAGGAGGAAGGGGGGAUCUUUGUUGAUUGACAGUCAGAGAAGAAAGAAUGGAGGACGAACAGGGGAAACGGGAGGGAUGGAGUUGUCUCCGAAUGAGAAAAUUGCCCCUCUGUUAGGCAAAAGUGAAGAAGAGAUGUGGUGAGAAAACGCCAUAGUUACUCCCUUGUAAAUUAGUUGUUUUCAGUGAAACCUUACACACACACACACACACACACACACACACACACACACACACACACACACAAAGGCACGCUCUUAUCUUAGUCAUAGACAUGUCAUCAGCUGCUUUGUUUUAUUACAGAAGCCAUGUUGAAAUUAAUAUGUAGCCUAUUAUCGUUUUAUGAUGGGAAGAAAACAAGAGGCCCCUUAUGCCUCUCGUUUUCUUCCCACGUUGACUUUUGGCAAACAAAAUGCACCACAGACAUUACAUUCAUCGGAGGGAAGUUUAAUAGGAGCCAUGUUUCCACCUGUUGGACAGCUGAGUGAGCGUCGGGCCAGAGAGCAGCUGUCUGUUCUCAGUGGGCCAGUCCCGCCCCCUGCUGGGGAAGGCUGGUUAUUACUAAAUCAGAACACCCAGAGCUCCUGUCUGCUAAUCUUCCACUAACACUUGAUUAGUGUUGAGAACACCGACACGUAUUGCUACGCAGGCUGUGGCUAAUCCAGUGCAUGUAACCAUUUAGGUGGGGGCUCAGUCUGGAUGGUGUGACACCUGGUAUUUGGCA